UUUUCCGACAGAGGUGUCAGCCACGCAUGCCUAGGUAGGUGGAUGCUUGCCUGGAGCUUCGCAACGUAACAGCACUUCAUGAGAUAUCGCGAAGCCUGUUACGCGUGACGUAAAACGUGGUCUUGCCAACAUUUGACUAAUUACUCGUCUUAAUUAGGCUUUGUAACUUUGCCUCACGACGCGCGUGCCUUAUAAGGCGGUUGGGUCUCUGCUGGCGAGCAGUCAUGUCGCGCAUCAGCAUCGUCGUCCUCUUCUCGCUCAGUGUGGCUGCUGCGGUGGCAGAGGACUACGAGGCAGCAGCAGCACGCCUGCGUCUUCAGGCCGCGGCACUGCCUGCACAGCUCACCAGGCAGCUAUCGACCGCCAUGACGAAACUACAGAGCGACUACGACGCCUUCCAGGACACCCAAAUAAAGCAAACCCGUGGAGACGUUCUUGCGGCGGUAGAGAAAGCUGUUGCGGCCUACAACAAGACUGUAGCCGCAAAUCAAGCAAUUAACAGGCCUGCUAUUCUGGGAACCAGACAAGCCAAGCAGGCCCUUCUUAUCAAGUGGGAAGAGGAAUUGAUCGAGCUCGAGUUUAACAUGCGUUUCCCAAUCAAGACGUCCUUUCGAAAUGUGUCUGCCAACCCCUCCGUUCAGGACGCCGCUGUCGUUGUGGCUGUCAAUCUCCGAAACGAGCUAGUCCGCCUGCAGGAGACUCUAAACACUUUCCUAACGGUCGAGGUGGCAAACCAGGUGUCCGCCUUUGCUGCUCAGGCCCAGUCAGAACUCUUCCACGUUGCUGUUAGUGCGGAGGGGAUUAACUAAUUAAUAAGUAGGGCAUGAUUAUACAAAAUAUCGAAAUAAAAUUAAAACUGGGUGUGACUAUGAAA